AUGGCUGGCUUGUCGGUGAGCGAGGGCGAGCUGUUGAAGGAGUACGGCCUUACGACGCUGCACCCACAGCGGUGGGAGGAUACGCAUUAUACAGCUGGGUCUGACACUGGUGGUGGAUUUUCCCACGGCGAUGCACACGGCGAAGAUUGGACCGAUCCAUUGCAUCUCUCCGCUACGGCGCCCUCGGCGCGACAGAUGAGCAACGACGAGCGUGCGCAAGUGAUGAUUGGAAGCAAGGCGUUUGACCCAAAAGUAUUUUUGCAAACUGUACAUCCUGAAGCUUCAUUUGCGGAUCUCUCUCGCGGCGCACAGCAGCUGCGAGCGACCAUCGACCAGCGAUCCGAGGCGCUCAAGGUGCUGGUCGACGAGAAUUUUGACCGCUUUGUGAGCAUAAAAGUUACUAUGGAUGGCGUAUAUCGAGAGAUGAGUGAGUCUUCGAGCGGUCCGCUUGUUUCGGGCGCAGAUUGUGGCGUACGGACGCUGCGCAAGUGUAUUACCAGUGCCAGCUCCAGGGCAGACCAAGUGUUUAGGCCUAUCUUGGAAAACCAUAUUAAAGCAAUUAAGCUGCGCAAUACACUUGGUGUUUUUCAGCGCUCUCAUUUCUUUUUCAACCUGCCGGGCUCAUUGAACGAGUUUGUAGAGGCGGGAAACUAUGAGGCGGCGCUGCGCGACUAUAAGAAAGGUAAGUACCUUUUGGAGACGCGACCCGGACAGAUACUUCCCGUGAACACGGAGAAUGCUGCGGGCGCAGCACCAAACGAGCAUCAGCUUGCGCAGCAGCGGCGUAUCUUCAGCAUUGUCUGGGACGCUGUCGAGCAGACCAUGUACGAUAUGCAGAGCCGCUUACGGGCACACCUUCAAGACCCACAGCGGAGCGUUGAAGAGCAGGAAAAGUGCAUACAUGUGCUUUUAGAGCUCGAUCCUGAGACGGAUCCCAUCGCCAACUUUUUGUCCUCGCAACACGAGCACAUUGGCUCAUUGCUCCGUACUACGUUUGAACGCGAGCAACAUGCGAUUGAAGCUGCACGCGCCACACUGCUUCGUGGAAAGCGCGACCCGAUUGACCAGGCCAAGGAUUUGAGCAACUGCCUCGUGCUAGUUCGAUCAAGCUCAGGUUCUAAGCCGUUUUUCAACAAGGCGCUCGGCACCUCUGUGUGGCUGGCAAUCGACGACAUGAUUGCAAAUGUGUGUACUACCGUGCUCCGGACUAUGCCCACAUUCUGGCGCAUCGCAUGUGAUCAUAAAGAGGGCAAGUUUAACAAAGAAAGGCCCGGCACCUUUUCUGACUCAACUAUUCACAAGCAGGCGCAGGGAUGGGCGCAAGAGAACAUCCAGCUUUUCAUCAAGCGCAUCGAUGCAUACUUUGGACAGGAGCCCUUCCGAGUGCGCGCCAAACAGCCGCUUUUUAUGCAGCUUCCCGCAUGGGUGCCAGAGCAGAGCUGCUCGUUGAGCACGACGUACUGCAUGAACAGUAUCCUUGGCAGGCUCCACGAGACUGUACAGGAGCUCAAGCUGCUUGCAAUACCCGGGACGGCGAAAGAACUGGAUGCGUUGCUGUUAGAUACCCGCUUCCAAUUCACCGAAGUUCUUUGCUUCCUCUGGCUCCGCGAUGCGCAUCUCUGCUACCACAUGGAGAACUGGACCUCGAAUGCACAGCAGCCCGCAAUCACCUCAUUUCUUUUCUCUUUGUCCGUGUUCAACCGCUGGAAUGCGCGUGAAGGGUUCUAUAUUGCCGAAGGACGCACAAAGCAGUCUUCCAGUGCCGAAGAAGCUCAAGUGCACGCCGUAUUUAGCGAUCGUCUGAAGAAGACGUUUGUGAGCGCUUUGUACGCGUUCCUGGACGGAAUUGUCACCGCGGCGACUACCCCAAGCGAAUUUUAUCACCGGCUUGAAUGGAGUGCGGAUACCCCAGCACCCGCACCCGCGCUGCCCGACCGCGACACGCGCAUUUUGCUCAGCGUCUCCAACUUGUCGCAUUUGCGCUCGCAUGUGAUCAAUGCAUGGGUCAAGCAGUUUGAAGAAGCAUACCACGUAUCGCUCAUGAACGAGCAUAUGCAGCUGCUUGAAGUGUGCGGUAAGCUUGAUAGCCAGCUUCUCAACGAUUUUGUGCGUCGGCACGGUGACAAAAUUACGCAAGUGAUGCGGCGUGGUAUCUUGGAAGACGGCGUCGCAUGGGACAGUUUGCCGAGACCCACUUCUGUCAGUCCCUUCAUCUUCCAGGCCCUCUUGCUGCUCGUCGAGGUGCAUGCGCAGAUCCGCGCCACCGUUCCACUGCUUGUCUCGCGUGCCAUUUCCUCCUUGGUCGAAACCAUGGUCAAUGCGGCAGCCGACGCAUAUAGCCGCGUGCCUACGUUCAACAAAGGCGGCAUGCUGCAAGCCACCUUGGAGAUCGAGUUUGUCCACCAAACCAUGGCGUUCCACGUAACACCUGCUGCGGAAAACGCACUUAAGCGCAUGUACGAGUCCAUCAGCCAGCGCUACGGCAGCACACCCAGUGGCAAACGCGACCAGAAAGACUUCCUGCAAAAAGAGCUAGAAAGCGUCAAGCAAACCCUGAUCGCGUCGCGCAAAGCCACUGCGCUCGAAUUUCUCUGCUUCCGCCGACCCAAAACGGGGGAGGCACCUGACAGUAGUGCAGACGCAGCGCAUGCUUCUCAAUCGUAG